AAUGAGCCAGGAGGAAGGGGGGGCUCAGGGCUGAGAGAAAGCGGUUCCUAGCUUCCUCGCUGUCUUGUGUCCCAGCUUCCUAGCUAAUGAUCUGAAUUAGACACAGCGGAAUCGGGAGAGGAAUAAAGACAUUACGAAUCUGGGCGUCCGGUUCUUGACUCAGACUUCCAUACAGUUAAAGGUUUACCUUCCUAUGUACUCCAGUCCCUGCUAUACAGUGCCUCCUGCUGGUCGAGUGAGCCACUGCGACUCUUCACUGCUGCUGCUGGAUACAUUAAUACAGAUCCUGGAUUGCCUGUUAUAAUGAUUUCUGUCAGCAGGGGGCACUGCUACACCUUUGCAUGCCAGUGACUGAAUACACGUUGACCAGUUGAGAGCGGCCUGAGACCGAACUGGGACAGGAUUGAGAAGACGAGUAAGAAGUUGCCGGUUUGAUGUGGGUUCUGUGGGCUUCUUGACUGGACCGGUCUCGAGGUUGGAUUAUCGUCUUCACAUGGCUGCUGCUCGAGUUUGCGACUGAAGGUCUCGGGUCGGUGAGGGAUGCUGUCCUGGCACAGACUGGCACGACUCGGCCUGCUUUCCCUCAGCUGCUGGGUGCUAGCCCAGGGCUGCGGACCGGGACCGGGUACCGGCCACCGAACACGACCCAAGAAGCUGACGCCCAUGCCUUACAAACACUUUGUACCCAACUUCUCCGAGAACAACCUGGGCGCCAGCGGGAGGCAGGAGGGCAAGAUCACGCGCAACUCGGAGCGCUUCAAGGACUUGAUUCCAAACUACAACCCGGAUAUCAUCUUCAAGGACGAGGAGAACACGUCGGCGGACCGCCUCAUGACACAGCGCUGUAAGGACUGUGUGAACUCCCUGGCCAUCGCAGUGUUGAACCAGUGGCCAGGAGUGAGGCUGCGUGUGACGGAAGGCUGGGACGAGGACGGGCACCAUUCCCCGGAUUCCCUGCACUACGAGGGGCGGGCCGUCGACAUCACCACCUCGGACCGGGACCCUCGCAAGUACGGGGUGCUGGCACAGCUGGCUGUGGAGGCGGGCUUCGACUGGGUGCACUACGAGUCCCGGUCACACGUGCACUGCUCCGUCAAGUCAGAUCACUCCGUCACAGUGAAGAAGGGGGGCUGUUUCCCUGGCAGUGCGCGGGUCACUCUGGCUGGCGGUCAGCUGGUCACUCUCUCAGCCCUGCGGCCGGGGGCUCAGGUCCUGGCGGUGGACGGUUCGGGCCGGGUGGUGCCCAGCCAGGUCCUGCUUUUUCUGGACCGCGAUGUGGGCCGGAAGACCCAAUUUGUGGUCCUGGAGACAGAAGAGACCCAACUGAGACUCACCCCGUCCCACCUCAUCUUCCUGGCCCGCAACAGGACGCUGGACCCCAAACUCUACCGAGCUUCGUUCGCGAGCCGGGUCCGACCGGGCCACUUCGUCCUAGUGGGGCACCAAAGGGAGCUCCGCCCCUCCAGGGUCCGGGCAGUCUCAUUGGAAGAGGGAGUAGGGGUGCACGCCCCCUUGACAGAGCAUGGCACCCUAUUGGUGGAUGGUGUCCUGGCUUCUUGCUAUGCCCUAAUCGAGCACCACAGUUUGGCUCACUGGGCUUUUGGGCCUCUGAGGUUCCUGCACUUGCUGUACAGUGCAGUCGGGACGUCCCACACAGGGAACCUGACACAGGACAGUGUGGGGGCACACUGGGGUCGGGACGGGAACACUGGAGUGCACUGGUAUGCAAAGUUGCUCUACACAGUGGGGCGCAUGGUUUUGGAUCCAGAGAGAUUUCACCCCUAAUGGUGAAGGAACCCCAACAAAACAAGUUAUCGCACCAAAAUCAGCCUGCCUAUUAGAUCUAGUUAUUAGAAGGGUGGUUUCAGACUAACUAAAGAGAUUAGUAUGUUGAAAAUUAACAGAAAAGUUAUAUUGAAUCCAACCAAAAUGAUUGAAUUGGUAGACAGCAUGCCCUAUUCUGAAGCCUUUAACCCCGAUUCAUAGCCCUUUGUCUUAAUUUCCCUAAUAUUUAAUUUCUUCCCAGUUCUCAUACCUGUGUUCUGUAUGAUUUGUUCACUAUCGCUGUUUCUGCUCAUUAUUUGUCAGCCCAGCAAAAACCUCUUCUGAAAAAAACACCAGGAGGUGGGGAACAUAUUAACAGUGCACUGAAGCCUGUGCAACACGAAUAUGCUUCCCCGCCUCACUUCCCUGCAAUCUACCUUGAGUCUUUUCACAAUUUAUGCUGGAAUAGUUAGUAAGCAUGGCGAUUAAUAAUCCUAACAUAAACGAUAGAGAACCACACAGAACACGCACAGUAUGAUGAAACAGGCAAGAAAAGUAUUAUUAGGAAAGUGUAGAUGAUUUAAAGUAGCUCUUUUUAAAUUAAGUUUGAUAUUCUUUUUUUCAAUAUGGUCAAGUCCAUUUAACCUGCCACUCUCACUCCCUGUGCAGCAGGUAUUAGGACCCCACCUGAAACACUAAACUCCCUUUGCUGCACACAGGACUAUAGAUGGAGUCAGGUGGGACCCUUGUAGCUGCUGCACAGGGAGUGAAUCUACGCUCUGGUAUUCAACCUGCCACUACUGGAAUCACAGUAAACAUAAAAAGUCCUUUUGUUUCAAAGAGAGUUUUCUAAAUAGAGUUAUCUGCCCCUGACUAAACUAGAUAAUAUUGUGUUUUAUAAACACUACACAGUGCACUGAAAAUGGUUGUUAUAAGAAACUAAGGCAAGUAGACAAAAGCUUCGUCUGCUAGUUUUGUAAUCCUUCUGAGGGGAAGAUGUUUAAUUCUUGUAUGACUGCAUUUGAAUAUACAGUUGCUGAGUUGGGUGCAUUCUCCUAAAGAAAUCCACUAGUUAUGCUGUAACUGAAUUGUCACUGGAGAUUGAAGAUAUUUAACUUUUUAUGUUUUUGAAAGUUUAAGUAUAUAUAUAUAUAUAUAAAACUAAAAAAGGAAAAAAAAAUACUUCCAGUAUAAUAUGUUAAAACUAUUGCUUUUGCUGUUUGUUUGUUUUUUAAAUGAAACCAAAAAAUAUUGUAAUUUGGGCGAGUACCAACCAAAGCUUUAUUUUUGUACCUGUUUGAAUCGUAAUAUAAUUGUUUCUUAAUUAUUCCGUUUUAAUAAAGUUUGGGGGCAUAAUUUGUAAUAUUGUAUGUUAUUUUAAUCGUUAUUAAUGAUGUCAUUCUUUUCAGUUUGUAUAAUAAACUAAUGUUUUUUUAAUGAUUGAAAGGUGUUUUAUAACGGGGUGUCUGAUACUGGGGAACUUAUUAAACAGAAAAGUACUCCGGAUGAGUCAUACAGUCAGGGGAGCACAGGUUCACUUCCUGGCUGUGCCAAGUUGUUGAUGUUUGCUGAGGAUUCCACAUGGAGCAUCUUGUUGGCUCUGGUGCUCCACAACAGCGACCCCUACUGGCUAAGCACCCGGUGAACUCAAAGCAGACACCUGCAACGCUGGCCAUUGUCCACCAGGGACCGAUAGCUCAUCGAUAUUCACUGCAGAGCACUGGGUGUAAAGAGGCGAUUGGCUUGGGGACGUCCACUGACCUUCGGUUCUCCUGAGCUGUUGUGGGGAUCGCUGCGGUGAUGGGAUAUAAUCGGACAUUCUAAAUUGGGGAGAAAUA